AUGGCUCCUGGAAUUCUUUCUGUCCAGCCAAUUGUCGCCAAAAAUGGCGUAGGAGAUGUCAUUGAAAACAAAAAUGGGCUGAACAAAAUUUCCGAGGAACAUGCCAUCGUCCUUAGGACCUUUCGUUUGCUUAUCAGUGACCUCUGCCAACAAUUCAAUGGCGGUCAUCCUGGUGGCGCCAUCGGCAUGGCUGCGAUUGGAGUCGCUUUAUGGAAGUAUGUGAUGCGCUACGCACCACAUACCCCAGACUUCUUCAACCGAGACCGAUUUGUACUCUCGAAUGGCCAUACUUGCUUGUUUCAGUACGCCUUUUUGCACUUGGCAGGAUACCGCGGCAUGACAAUGGAUCAGCUAAAGUCAUACCACUCGAAAAGAUGGGACUCCAUCUGCGCUGGCCAUCCAGAGAUUGAGAUUGAAGGCAUCGAGGUAACAACAGGGCCUUUGGGCCAAGGUGUCGCUAAUGCGGUUGGAUUGGCUAUGGCUACCAAAAACCUUGCGGCAACAUAUAACCGACCUGGAUACGAUGUUGUGUCGAAUCAUACAUGGUGUAUGGUGGGAGACGCAUGUCUCCAGGAAGGCGUGGCGCUCGAAGCCAUAUCUUUCGCGGGCCAUCUCAAACUCAACAAUCUGACUGUUAUAUACGAUAACAAUCAGAUCACUUGUGAUGGCUCAGUGGAUUUGACAAACACUGAAGACGUUGACGCAAAAAUGCGUGCGUGUGGUUGGAACGUGAUCAACGUCGAGGACGGUUGCUACGACGUGGGAGGCAUUGUGGCCGUAUUGGAAAGAGCCCGAGCUUCUACUGACAAACCGACGUUUAUCAACAUAAAAACGAUCAUCGGACUAGACAGCGCAGUCGCUGGACAGGCAGAGGCACACGGAGCCGCUUUCGGCGUUGAAGAUGUGAAGCGUAUGAAGCAAGCAUAUGGCUUCAACCCAGAAGAACGCUUCGUGGUCGGUGAAGAGGUUCGUCAAUUCUUUUCCGAGUUACCCAGUCGUGGAGAACAGAUUGUUUCACAGUGGGAAGAGCUCGUGAAUCGAUAUAAGAAGGCGUAUCCGGACAUUUUCAAGGAGUUUCAACAACGCUUAGAUGGAAAGCUACCAUCGAAAUGGAAGACACUAUUACCUAGUCCAGAGACUCUUUCUGAUAAGCCAAUGGCGACGCGAGCGUCGUCUGGACUGAUGAUCAACCCUCUCGCCAAAGAUUUCAAUUCGUUUGUGGUGGGCACAGCAGACCUCUCGCCAUCUGUACACAUGGGAUGGGAAGGAAAGGAAGAUUAUCAGCAUCCUGAUCUGCGGACAACCUGUGGCAUCAAUGGUUCUUAUGCAGGACGGUAUAUUCACUACGGCGUACGAGAACAUGCAAUGUGCGCCGUAUCCAACGGACUAGCAGCCUUUGCUCCUGGCACUUUUAUUCCAGUUACGAGUUCGUUCUUCAUGUUCUACUUAUACGCCGCGCCGGCGGUACGAAUGGGUGCCCUGCAGCGACUGCAAGUAAUCCACGCAGCAACUCACGACUCCAUUGGAAUGGGUGAAGACGGCCCGACCCAUCAACCCAUCGAACUGGCCGCAUUAUAUCGUUCAAUGCCAAACUUGCUGUAUAUCCGUCCAGCAGACAGCGAGGAGACAGCCGGUGCCUGGAUUGCAGCCAUCGAAGCGAAGGAUAUGUCGUCUGUCAUCUCGACUUCACGACACAAAGUCCCGCAGUUGAAAGCUACCCGGCGAGAUGGUGUAUUAAAGGGCGCUUACGUGGUCCAAGAAGAUGAUGAUGCGCAGCUCACACUCAUUGGCGUUGGCGCAGAGUUAUCGCACGCUCUUGAUGCUGCCGUCCAACUGCGCGAGUCAAAAGGCAUCCGCUGCAGAGUAGUUAGCUUCCCGUGCCAGCGCCUGUUUGAAGGCCAGACGUUGGAUUAUAAACGGGAUACAUUGAGAAGACACCUCGGGAUUCCCGCGAUUAUCAUUGAGCCAUACGCCCCGAAUGGGUGGGAGAGAUAUGCCGAUGCAGGUAUAAACGUGAAGCGGUUUGGACACAGCCUUCCAGGCCCGGAAGCGUACAAGUACUUUGGAUUCGAUGUCGACAGUAUUGUGUCCAAGAUUUCAGAAUAUUUGACGAGGAUCCGCGAGGAUGAGGUUCUAAGAGGAGAGUUUGUUGAUUUGUAA